CAGGCGCAGACGCUGCUGCCGCCUGUCGGGAUGUUCCGCCGCCCUGCGCGCAGGUUCCGCGGGCGCCGCCGGGGCCCGUCCAGCGGCAGCAGCGAGGGCGAGCAGACAGACCCCGGCUCCGAGCGGGAAGCCGAGCCCGAGGAGAGCGAGGAGGAGCCGCCCCGUGCCGGGACAGGGCUGGGCCGGGGGGGGACGGCGCUGCUGAGCUUCGGCGGCGAGGAGGAGCGGGAAGGUGAAGAGUUUUUUAAGAUUAAAAAGCCAUCCGUCAAUGAAGUAACCUUUAGAAUUCAGAAGAAGGAAAGCCCACUGCCUGCUCAGACAGAAACUGAAGAAAGCAAAAAUGUUUGUCAGUCAGAGCCUAAAACUGUCGACACCAAAGGAACUUAUGAAGAAGAGGAGGAUGAAAAUUAUUCCUCACAAAGUGAACACUAUGACAGCUCAGACUCUGAAAAUGGAUCUAGUUCUCCACAGAGAAGGAAGGAUUUAUUACCAGAUGGCAUCCCCAGUGCGGCUUGUAUUGAUGCUGCUCGGAGGAGACGUCACCUAGCCAGCACACGGGCUGAUUACCUUCCACUGGAUGUUUCAAAGAGUCAUCAGGCAUCUUGGAGAAGAGAAAGCAGUGAUUUAGAGAGUGAAGAUGAGGCUGAAAGGAAGAAUCUCGAUUUUGUUCCUAAGAUGAGAACUCCUAGGCAGAGAAUGACUGAACACAUGGUGUCUGCGAGUGGUGACUCAAGUGAAGAUGAAGCACAAAUGAGAUGGGAAGAACAGCAAAUAAAGAAAGCUGUUAAGCUCUCUGAGGAAGUUUAUGGUGAUGCUGCCCUGUAUAAAUCUCGAUCAGCUAAACCGAAGAUUGAUCCUUCUGUUUCUCUACCGCCUGUGAACUUGGAAAUUGUGAAGAAGCGACUGACUGAAAGGAUAGCAUCGUUACAGGAUGUGCACCGUGCCCACCAGAGGGAGUAUGAAAAAUAUCUGGAGGACAUUGAAAGUUCAAAGAUGACAGUCCAGGAGUUGGAGAACUCUUCGGAUGCAGCUCUGAAUUACAAAUUUUACAGGGCCAUGAAAACAUAUGCAGAAAACUUGAUAAACUGUUUGAAUGAAAAGCUGAAAUAUAUUAAUGAAGUAGAAUUGGCUGUACAUGCACUUCUUCAGCAACGAGCCAUGAGGGUGUUGGAACGAAGGCAGGAUGAGCUGAAAAAUGAAUCUGAUUAUAUUCAGCGUCUGACAAGUGGGAAUGACAAACCAACUAAUGGCAGACUGGAAGGAGAUGAGAAGACGAAGCUUUUGGAAAUGUGUGAACAUCGAAGGACUUGCAGGCGGCAAGCGAGAGAGCACUCGGGAGAUGCUGAACACCAUGAAGGCAUGUCGAGUGAUGAUGAGCUGACUCCAGAAGAGGUGACCGAGUUCCAGAAGACCAAAGAUAACGUUUUAGAGGAUAGUAGGAAAAUCUUUGAAGAUGUACAUGCAGAUUUUUGUGACAUCAGAAAAAUCCUGUUGAAAUUCCAGGAAUGGAAAGAGAAGUUUCCUGACUCUUACUGCGAUGCUUAUAUCAGUUUCUGCCUCCCUAAGCUAUUAAAUCCAUUGAUCAGAGUCCAGUUAAUAAAUUGGAACCCUCUGGAGCAGGAUUUUACAGAGUUGGAAGAGAUGCCCUGGUUCAGAGCUAUAGAAGAAUUCAGCGAUGCCAGAAACAUAUCUGCAUCAAAAAGGGACGAUGAUCCUGAUGGAGUAGUUUUGCCUAAAGUCAUGGACAAAACUAUUCUUCCAAAAAUUACAGCAUUUGUAAAGAGCAUGUGGGAUCCUUUAUCUACUUCACAGACCAAGAAUCUUGUUCAGCUUUGCAAUAACCUCUUGGAAAAACAAGUCCUUUCCAAAAAUGAAUGCAGUCGAGCAAAAGAGGAUUUGAUAAACAUGGUUGUCCAAAGAAUGAAGAAAUCUAUAGAGGAAGAUGUCUUUAUUCCUCUGUAUCCUAAGAGCACAGUGGAAGACAAAUCAUCGCUGUGUUCAAAAUUUCAAGAAAGGCGGUUUUGGUCGGCUGUUAAGCUGCUCUCCAAUGUUCUGCUAUGGGAUGGAAUUGUACAAGAAGAUACAAUCCGUGAUUUGGGACUGAGCAAGUUGCUGAAUCGUUACCUUCUUUUGAACCUCAUAAACACACCACCAGGGCCGGAUAAUGUAGAAAAGUGUCGUAAGGUGGUUGCGUGCUUCCCAGAAGGAUGGUUCCAAGAGCUUAGAAGUGGAUCAACUCUCCCUGAGUUACUGAACUUCUGCCAGCACUUGCUGCAGUGUGCACGUGCGCUGCACAAGAAUAACCACAGUAAUGAAACAAAAGAAGUUCUUCUCCUGCUGGUGAAAAUCAAAGCUCUGGGUGUUGUCGAAGACUUCAUUGAAGAGCACAAACUUGAACACCUUAAACCGGUAAUCGGGAAAUAGAAAGUUUGGAACCAACAUUUGAAUUAUUGAAAUGAGCCAGAUGUUCACACUAGAACAGUUCAAAUAUGCGAUUUAAUGAGUGGAUCCUGCCUGCUCAAAGGUGGUGUGGGAACCAUUAUCGUCUUGGUAAAUACUUGAGUUUUUUAUUCCAGAUAUUUUCUACUGCCAUCUUAGGUUAAGAAGUCUUUUAGAAGUUGAGUUGUAAGCGUAAAGCGAUAGUUUGGGUGUUCUAAAAUGGAUGGCGGUGCUUUGUUGCUUUAGUUUCCUGGAAAGACAGAAGGUGCCUGUCAAGUUUGUCUCUGCUGGCGACUGGGCAUCUUUCCAAGCUGUUUUCAGUAUUAACAGCUAAACCUCACUGACUGGGGAGUCAUUGAGCUCUUCUGACUUGUGGUGCGCAGUGAUUUUUUGGAAGGGUUAUUAUUAAGCCGUCCCACGUGAGAAAGAAUUCAUGUUUAGGGGUUUGGGCCUUGAUAUGGAAAUGAGAAGUAGGUGGGCAGGUGAGGAGCAGGAUGGAUGUUUACUGAUGGUAAACCUGAGUGAGGUGAGGUGAGAGCUGCGCAGGAGGAUGUCUGGGGAGGAGCAAACACAGAGUGAUGACUGAUGCGCGUGAGAGUUUUGUACUUGUGCUACAGAACUCGUGUGCCCAGAGCUGGGUUGUGGCACAGCGUGCUUUACUGAGCUUUUGCUAACGGACAUCUUGAGGAUGAGAAGCACAAAGACAACUUCAGCCACUUUCUGGUAACUGAAACUCUAGGAAAUUCUUCCUUUUGCUCCCGGUAAGAUGUACUGACCGUUACCUCAUCGUACACCUCUUAGAUUUCUAAUGUUUUCUAUGUAUAUUUGCAAUAAGCAUUGUUAUAGGCUAGCCAGGUUGCUUUAUUGCAGAAACAGCAGUGCACCACGGACUGUCUGUGUACACUAGACUGCGUUUCUCCCAGUCCUUCUGGGAUUACAAUUUUAACUGUUGCAGACUUAAUCUGUGUCAUCUCGUUUAUAUUUUUUUGAGUUAAAAAUAUAUUUUUGUAAAAUAUUUUAAUUGUAAAUAGUUUUGAUCAGUGUCACAGACAAAAGAUGAGUUUGAAAAUAAUCUUUAUUUUGAAAAUAAAGUUUUUUGCUUUGUUAAUGACUCCUACACUUCAGUUGUUUAACAUGUGCCAAGUAUGUUAAUAGAAAUGUGAAAAAACCUUGGAUGCCUUUAGUCUUCAUUUUACAUUCAGGAAAUGCUACUGUCUAAAUCAUGAAAUGGGUUGGGUUGGAAGGGACCUCAAAGCCUAUCCAGCUCCACCCCCUGCCAUGGGCAGGGACACCUCCCACUGGCCCAGGCUGCUCCAAGUCUCAUCCAACCUGGCCUGGAACGCCUCCAGGGAUGGGGCAGCCACAGCUUCCCUGGGCAACCUGGGCCAGGGCCUCACCACCCUCAGCGUGAAGAAUUUCUUCACCCUUCCACUUUAAAGCCAUUCCCUCUCCUCGUAUCACUCCAAGUCCCUCUCCAGCUUUCUUGCAGCCCCUUCAGGUACUGGAAGCUGCUCUAAUGUCUCCUCAGAGCCUUCUCUUCUCCAGGCUGACCAACCGCUCUUGGGGGGCGGUGCUCCAGCCCUCUGAUCAUCUCCAUGGCCUCCUCUGGCCCUACUCAAACAGUUCCAUAUCCUUCUUAUAAUGGUGAGAGUCUCUUGCGUUUCCUCCUAGAACGCCAGCAGAUGUGGAAUAGCUCCUCAGCAAUCACCACAAGCUCAUGACUUCAUUGCUUUUCUCUUGUUCUCCUCUGUCUCCUCCCAGCUGAAGGUCUCCACUGGAGCCCCCAGCCUUGUGCCAUUAUAAACAUACAAUAAAUGUUCUAUUACGCGUGAGCUCUGUUGAUCUUUCUUUCUGGAAGAAAGAUUACUUGUAAGCACAGCAAGGCCAGCAACACUUGAGCCUCUGGAAUACUGUCAGGCUGGGCACUGUUAACUGUUCCUUGGGAAGCUGUUUCAGUGCUCCACCACCUGCAUGGAAGAGCCUGGGGAGCUGAGUUCAGAGCAUUUACGUUCGCUGCUCUCUUAGAAACAUAGUUUUUAAUAGGAAAACUAAACAGCACUUCCUUGGAGUGUGUAGUUGGCUCAGACACAUCUACUUCCCUGCUGUAGCUCACUUCUGAGGUUAAUGUGUCAAGCAGUUCUGUACUGGUCACUCCCCAGCUGGGUAGAGAGAAGAAAGACAAGUAGUUGGAACAAAACUCACUUGAGGGGGUGAAAUGACAGCACAACAAACUUUAAG